UCAAUUUCCAGUUGCGUUCAAUUGACAGGCGAAAUACUUGUAGUAGCCUGGCGAACAGAACACGCAUUGUACGUUAUCUUUGACGAGACGUCGCAAACAUGGCAGAGGAACGAUCGGAAAGAUCCGAUGGAAAGAUUGUAAAGAUGGAGAUCGACUACAGCUCAACUGUGGAUCAACGUCUCCCUGAAUGCGAGAAAAUGGCUAAAGAAGGCAAGCUGCAAGAAGCAGUUGAAAGCUUGUUGUCAUUAGAGAAGCAAACUAGAACGGCGUCUGACAUGGUGUCCACGUCGAGAAUCCUUGUGGCUGUGGUCCAGAUGUGUUAUGCAGCUAAAGACUGGGAUGCCCUAAAUGAAAACAUUAUGCUCCUUUCCAAAAGGAGGAGUCAGCUGAAGCAGGCUGUUGCAAAAAUGGUCCAAGAAUGUUACAAGUAUGUCGAUUCUGUGACGGAUUUGACCAUCAAGUUGCGGCUAAUUGACACACUUCGCACAGUGACUGCUGGAAAGAUCUAUGUAGAGAUUGAGCGUGCCAGGCUCACAAAGACCUUGGCUAAUAUCAAGGAACAAAGUGGAGACGUGAAAGAGGCGGCAUCCAUUCUUCAGGAGCUGCAGGUUGAAACGUAUGGCUCGAUGGAGAAAAAAGAAAAGGUGGAGUUCAUCUUGGAACAGAUGAGGCUUUGUGUUGCUGUCAAGGAUUACAUUCGCACACAGAUCAUUAGCAAGAAGAUCAACACCAAAUUCUUCCAAGAGGAGGGCAGUGAGGAACUGAAGCUGAAGUACUACAACCUAAUGAUUCAGGUGGACCAGCAUGAAGGGUCCUAUUUGUCUAUCUGCAAACACUAUCGGGCCAUUUAUGAUACCCCGUGCAUCUUGGAAGACAGCAGCAAGUGGCAGCAGGCCCUGAAGAGUGUCGUGCUGUAUGUGAUUCUCGCCCCAUAUGACAAUGAACAGUCUGACCUCGUACACAGAAUCAGUGCAGAUAAGAAAUUGGAAGAGAUUCCCAAGUACAAGGAGCUUCUAAAGCAAUUCACCACUAUGGAGCUCAUGCGCUGGGCUGCCCUUGUGGAGGAUUAUGGGAAGGAGCUACGAGAGGGCUCACCCGGGAGCCCCGCCACAGAUGUCUUUUUGUAUUCUGAGGACGGGGAGAAACGGUGGAAGGAUUUGAAGAACAGAGUGGUGGAGCAUAACAUAAGAAUAAUGGCCAAAUAUUACACCAGAAUCACAAUGAAGAGGAUGGCUGGGCUCCUUGACCUCUCCAUCGACGAAUCUGAGGAGUUUCUCUCCAGCCUCGUUGUGAACAAGACCAUCUACGCCAAAGUGGACCGCCUGGCCGGAAUCAUCAACUUCCAGAGGCCCAAAGAUCCCAACGACCUCCUCAAUGACUGGUCACAAAAACUCAACUCCCUCAUGUCGCUGGUCAACAAGACAACACAUCUCAUUGCGAAGGAGGAAAUGAUCCACAACCUGCAGUGAAACAUUGUAGUUUUUGUUGUGGUUUUAAUUUGUUGUGUUUUCCCUCCUUCUGCUCAAUUGUAUUUGAAUAUACAGUAUGUUGGUCAACAAAAGAUCUGCAGUACAAACACAGCUGUGUAGAGUUUUGUCCAUUAAAAACAGAUGGACCGUUGUGUUCCUGUCACGCUUUCUUGCUAACCAGUAACUUCAUCUUGAAUUGUUAGAGACUUGACCAUUUAUUUACUUGUUGACAAAAAAUACAACCUAAGAAAAAUAAACUCACAUUUGUGUAACAAAUGAGUGAUAUCGUAUUUAAUGACAAUCAUUACAAUACUAACAAGCAAGCUACUAACUACAUAAUAAAUGGAACUUUCAUGAAUA